GCGGGCACGCGGAGGAGGCCGGCGGCGCGUGGCGAAGCGGCGGGCGGCCGGAGAACCUGCGCGGGUCAAGGCGGCCGACCGUGACCGGACGGGACGACUCCUUCUCGCGGUGGGACGAUGCUGAGGCCGGCGCUGAGGCUGCUGGGCAGGGGCCGUGAGGGAGGCCUCGGCCGGUUCCUGCACGGGGGCGCCGAGGCGGCGGCCGGGCCCGGGGUGGUCGCCCGCCCGGACGGCCCGAGCCCCGCCAGGCCGCCCGGGGCCGUGGCUCGCACCGGCGAGAGUGACCCGGCCCGGCACGACGAGAGGCACGAGGGGCGUUUCUACAGCAUCCCCCUGGAGGAGGUGUCCACGGUGUUCGCGCACGGCCUGCCCCCCCGCUUCGCCUCGCAGGUGAAGACGUUGCGGGAAGCCUGUGUGAUGGUGCGCAGGCCGGCCCUGGAGCUCCUGCGCUACCUGAAGGCGGCCGAGUUCACCCACCCGGCCGUCCGCUACCUGCUCUAUGGAGAGAAGGGCACCGGGAAGACCCUGAGCCUGUGCCACGCCGUGCACUUCUGUGCCAGGCAGGGCUGGCUGGUCUUGCACGUCCCUGACGCUCACCGCUGGGUGAAGAACUGCCGGGAGCUGCUGCCGUCCACGUUCCGCCCCCACCGGCUGGACCAGCCCCUGGAGGCCUCCACUUGGCUCCGCCAUUUCCAGACGGUCAACCAGACCCUGCUGCGCCAGAUCCACACCCAACAGAAAUACACGUGGAACCGGUGGGAGAGCACGGAAGCCGGGCGGCCCCUGGCAGAAGUGGUGGAGCAGGGCAUCAACCGGGUGAAGAGCGCCAGCGACGUGCUGGGCGCCGUGUUCAAGGAGGUCAAGAGCCAGAGCCAGGCCGGCCGCUUCCGCCUGCUGGUGGCCGUGGACGGCGUCAACGCGCUGUGGGGCCCCACCACUCUGCGCAGGGAGGACAAGAGCCCGGUCCGCCCGGAGGAGCUGACGCUGGUGCACAACCUGAGGAAGAUGGUCAGGAACGACUGGCACGGAGGAGCCGUGGUGACCACUCUGAGCCAGACGGGUUCCCUCUUCCAGCCCCGCACUGCCUACAGACCCCACGAACUCCUGGGCAAGGAAGGUUUCGACGCCCUGGACCCCUUCGUCCCCAUCCAGACGUCCAACUACAGCCCCCGCGAGUUCGAGAGCUGCUUGUGGUACUUUCUGGAGAGCGGCUGGCUGCAGCACGAGAAAGCCCCCACCGCCGAGGGGAAGGAGGAGCUGCUGUUCCUCAGCCACGCCAACCCCGGCCAGCUGGAGCGGCUCUGCGCCUCCCUGUGACCUCUGACCCCGAAGCCCACCCCCGGCCUCCGGGCACGCCGGGCCCCAGCAGCAGCUGGCUGCCCUGUCUGUGUCUCUGCAGCCCCCACACAGAAAUAAAACCUUUCCUCCAGC